AUGAUUACCAAUGCACUUGGACCCUCUCUGGAAGACAUCUUUGACAAAUGCGAUCGACUCUUUGACAUGCAGUUAGUCCUCGAGUUUGCAAGCCAAUUCAUAUUCCGCCUAGAAUGGAUGCACUCGCACAAUAUCUCGCACGGCAACUUGACCCAUGCUUCGUUCACAAUGGGGUAUUCCCCAUGGCAGGCACCACAGGUCAUUCUUGCCGAUUUUGGAAGCAUUGACAUGGAUGAGAACUUGGCAAGGAAAGACAUGGAAGCAGUGGCAGAUAUCCUUGUUUAUCUUUCAACCGGCUCCCCAUCGUGGGAACACUUCCAGGCACAUAAGCCAAAAUUUCCGAUAUUCCAUCUCCCCUCAAAGGAUUCCUUCUGA